CAGACCUCAGACUUACAACCAAGUAGCAGUGAAGUUCUGAUUUCUCCAGUAGUGCAGAGCAGAACAGUGAAAAUGCUGUGGUUUACUAUGCAGGAUAAACUGUAACAUUUUGCAGGCAGUUCUACGAACUUACCGCAUUCUAAAAAUGUCAGCACAAAGUUGAGGAUGUCGAGUGAUCUUUUGGGAAGAAUUUAACAAAAAGAAAAAGAAGUGGAAGAAAGGAAAGGAAUCAGGUAGCAGUUAGUAAUCUAAUGGCUACACGAAGCUUUAAUGCAUCAGAAGCAUCUACUUAACAGAGCUAUUGGACACUUGAAAGAUGGUUCGAUCAGUACCACAUACUAGAGGCUUGAUGUCAAAAUGACAACUCACACACGAGGGGCACCUACAGUGUUUUUCUUAAGUUUUGUUGGCUGCUUGUUGUGCUAUCCUGCAAGUGACAACUCUAGUGCAGGAAUCACUUUCUUAAAUGGAAACUAUCUGGGUCACCCCAUGCUAUACUUUGAUGAACAGGAUAUUGCUGAGUUGCGACAGAAGGCUGUGGGGACUCACAGACACAUUGUGGCCCGAAUAAAGCAUGCUGUGCAGACAAUGUUGCAGAACCCUGAUGAAUACCUCCCACCAUGGGACCCAGAGGAGUAUGGUUCCCGCUGGAAUGAGAUAUACGGCAAUAACCUGGGUGCUCUCGCUAUAUUCUGUGUGCUUUACCCUGAUGAUAUCCCUGCCAUGAAUUUGACCAAGGAGUACAUGGAGAGGAUGGCAGCCCAACCUAGUUGGCUGGUAAAAGAUGCCCCUUGGGAUGAAGUUCCUCUCGCUCAUUCCUUGGUUGGAUUUGCUACAGCUUAUGACUUCCUGUACAACUCCCUUAGCAAGCAUCAACAGGAGAGAUUCCUUGAAGUGAUUGCCAAUGCCUCCAGGUACAUGUAUGAUGUAUCGUACAGUCGUGGAUGGGGUUUUCAGUACCUUCACAAUCAUCAGCCUACAAACUGCGUUGCUCUUCUCACAGGAAGUCUGGUGCUUAUGAAUCAAGGCUAUCUUCAGGAAGCCUACUUAUGGACAAAACAAGUUCUUGCUAUUAUGGAAAAGUUUAUGGUCCUGCUGACUGAUGUUACUGAUGGCUCUUUAAAUGAAGGCGUGGCCUAUGGCAGCUACACCACAAGAUCACUUUUCCAGUACAUGUUCCUGGUCCAGAGGCAUUUUGAAAUUGGCCAUUUCAAUCACCCGUGGGUUAAACAGCAUUUUGCCUUCUUGUAUAGGACAAUCCUACCAGGUUUCCAAAGAAGUGUGGCAAUAGCUGAUUCCAAUUACAACUGGUUCUAUGGCCCAGAAAGUCAGCUUGUUUUUCUUGAUAAAUAUGUCAUGCGCAACGGCAGUGGAAACUGGUUGGCAGAGCAGAUCCGAAAGAAUAGAGUGGUAGAAGGCCCAGGCAGUCCAGCAAAAGGACAACGUUGGUGCACACUUCACACUGAAUUCCUCUGGUAUGACGCCAACCUUAAUUCUGUACCGCCACCAGAUUUUGGAAUUCCCAGAUUGCACUAUUUUGAAGACUGGGGAGUCGUAACCUAUGGAAGUGCUUUACCAGCUGAAAUAAACAGGCCUUUUCUGUCUUUUAAAUCAGGCAAGCUUGGUGGGCGUGCAAUAUAUGACAUUGUCCAUAAGAAUAAAUAUAAGGAGUGGGUAAAAGGGUGGAGGAACUUCAAUGCUGGUCACGAGCACCCUGACCAAAAUUCUUUUACAUUUGCACCAAAUGGAGUACCCUUUGUAACAGAAGCUUUGUAUGGACCCAAAUUUACAUUUCUUAACAAUGCUGUGUUGUUUUCCCAUGCUAGUGCAGAAACCUGUUUUGCUCCAUGGGAAGGACAGCUCACAGAAGAGUGCACUUCAAAGUGGUUGAAAUAUAAACAUGGAUUAGCAGGUGAUGUUCAGGGUAUGGUCAUUGCCGCCAUGGAGAGGAGUGGUUUUGUUUUCAUUAAAGGAGAAGGUGUACAUGCCUACAGCCCAGAUCUGAAGGUAAGAAGCUUUCAGAGAAAUCUUCUCCUGUUACAUCCUCAGCUUCUCCUCCUUGUGGAUGAAAUUCAUCUGGAGGAAGAUAGCCCUGUGGAGGCUGCAUCGACCUUCUUCCACAACACAGACAUGCCGUUUGAAGCAACAUCCAUUGAUGGAGUGCAUGGAGCUUUCCUUACUCACAGAGAAGGCACGUACCAAAUGUUUUGGAUGGAUGAUACAGCCUACAGCGAGAAAGCCAUCAUUGCCUACAGAGGCUAUCCUCGGGGCUUUCCAUACAACGGGACUAACUAUGUAAAUGUUACUAUGCCACUUAAGAAACCAUUCACAAGACUUGCAUACCUCUUCUUUGGUCCUUCUGUUGAUGUGCAGAGUUUCAGUAUUCGUGGGGAUUCUCAGCGGGUUGAUAUUUUUGUAGGAACAAGUGAUCACAGCUAUACUGUAUACAUUCUCAACGGGGAAACAACUAAGAAACCACUAUUUGCAAUGGUGGUUGCAGACCGUCAGAAAAUUGUUUUUGAGAAAGCAUCAGAUAUUAAGCAUAGUGCAGUACCAGAAGUAAAAAAUUACAUUGAUAUUGUUGAGGAAACACUUCAGCAUGUUAAGCCCGUCUUUCAGCAACUUGAAAAGCAGAUCCUCUCUCGGGCAAUAAACACGGAUAGUUUUGAACGGAUAGCCGAGCGACUAUUAAGUUUCUCCGAUACAAGGAGGAAUGAAGAAAUGAUAGAACAACUAUUUGCUAUUUCUCAACAGCAAGACACGGUAAAGAAAAGCAAGAAUGGAGGCAGCAAAGAGGGGCUUGUAGAGGGCUUUCCAGACAUUUUUGGAAUAAUGGAAAUGAAAGAAAAGAAAGCACGACAGAAGGCGCAGAAGAAGCAGCAGGAGGCAUUGCCGAUUGAUACAGAUGAACAAAUGAACGAUCUUCUUGACUUUCAGGAAUUGGAUAACAAGAAUGCAAUACAAGGGAGCGCUCAGAGGGUUUCAGCUGCUCGAAGUACUGCACAGUCAAUAUCUGCUUCCUAUACCAGACUCUUCCUCAUUCUAAAUAUUGCCACGUUUUUCUUCUUAUUCACUCUGCAACUGACUCGCUUUCAGAAGGCCCAGAGCCUGCAUGCCCAAAGGUGCCUGUACGCAAUACUUCUCCUGGACAGCUUUAUACUGUUAUGUUUAUAUUCUUCCUGCUCUCAAGUACGAUGUUAACUCCAAAACAACAUUUUAAGUGUGUAUAUAAAAAUGACCUUUUUGUUGGUCAGAGUUCUAUGCAAUAUUUUAGCCCUAAUAGGGCAAAUGCUGUAAUUAAGUUGCUGUUUCAUUCAGCAAUGCAAAAGUCAAAAAUAAGUACAAUCUAUACCUUAUAGAAGCAGUAAAAUUUUCUCAUCAAUAUAAAUGAUAUUAAGAAUAAUAUAGUGAAACAUGCAUCCUUGUGACUUUGAUGAAAGAAAAAAUCCAAAGGAACCUGCUCUGUUGGUGUUAAUUAUUUGAAUUUACACUUAAAUUGGGUUUCCCUUCCUACUACAGCAUAUCUUUAGUUAGUCAAGCAAGAUACAGUAUCACAAUACAGUGUGUACUUAACCUUUCUGAAGUAUCACAAAAGGGACAGUCAUAAGCUUGAAGAAAAUACAGUAAAGGAAAACUGCUGUUGAAUGUUUUAUUAACGUACACUUAAGAAUUACAAAUGAGGCCAGUAGCUGCUAAGCUGUAACAUUAGAGACAAAUCUUCACCUGAGAGCAGUCAUAAAUACACCACCUUGAUAAUAUGUAGUAUAACAUCAUUAUUGCACCUCUAAAAGAAGGUAGUGUCUGUGUUUUUGUGCACAUGUCUAUGUUUAAAAAAUUGAGUUGGGCCACGCAUUAUGUAGCAAAAGAAUCUUGUACAUUAAAUUGUUCACACAUCUGAGCCUUCACCAGUCAUAGCUCAUAGCAUAACUCAACACAGACAUUACUGUAAAGAAUAUGUUCACACAUGGAUAUAUAGAUAGAUAGAUAGAUAGAUAGAUAGAUAGAUAGAUAGAUAGAUAGAUAGAUAGAUAAAAGAGUAUAUGUUGUCAUAUAGAAGUGAACAAACAUAAAAACAUAGGUGAUCCAUUCUAACACUUUGAAAUUCUACAUAUAGAAAAAUCCAACACAUCAAAAUUGCAACCAGUCUCAAAACAAAAACAGUUUCCUUUUUGAAUGGGUUCUGUCAGACAUACUUUGUUUGAAUAGUAGUAGUGUUAUGGGAAGGGCUUUUGCUAAGGUAAGGUAUAGGGCUGAGGUCAGGUACAGGGGCAGGUAAGGUAUAGGGCUGAGGUCAGGUACAGGGGCAGGUAAGGUAUAGGGCUGAGGUCAGGUACAGGGGCAGGGUUAGGGUUAAGGUUGGAAUGCAUUAGUAGGGAUAAGCAGAGGGAAUUCACCUCCUUGCAUCAUCUUACUAGUGUGAGCUAACUCUUUUGCCCUGCCCCUACCCUCCGACUCUACACAUUUCCUUAGCAAAGACACUUUAUGUAAUAUUCCCACUACAAAAGACAUUCAGACAUACAUUAUAUACAGUAGAAUACAUGCACAAGACUAAAUCUGUACCCUUCCCUAGGUCUUGCUUUAACCCUAACCAGCAGACACUUGUA